AUGUUCUCUAUUAUGAGACAAAAAAAUGGGUACACUCGUAAUCCAACGGCAAGAAUAUUCCGUAGUUGCGUUGCAAGUAUUUGUACUUUUUCAUUGAUGAAAGUUUCAGAAAAGUGUAAUUGUGAAACAGAUUCAGACAAUUAUUUAACUGUUGAUAUUUUAUCUGACUUGGAAAUUAACAAUACAAUUAAAGACCCAAUACCAGACAAUUGUUGUUUCAAAGCCUCAGACGUGGACUCAACUGAUUCUAACUUAUCAUUUACAUCUGAGUCAGAGUUUACAGACAUGACUGACACGGAAACAGUAAAAAAAUGGCAUAAUUUUUAUUACCAAAUAAAUCAAAAAAAAAUCUACGUAGAAAUGUGGUUGUUUUUACAAGAACUAUGCGAAAAAAUUGUUUUUAAAAAUUUAUUGGUUCUUAAAUUACAUUUGGAUUUUGAAAUCAGUGCCCAUGAAGCGGCAAAAGAAGUUUUCCCAAACAUCGAAAUAGAUGCAUGUCGAUUUCACUUAGGACAGUCUUGGUGGCGCAAAAUUAAUUCUGAAAAAGAACUUUGUUUGGCCUACACUAAAAACUCCGAUUUGGGAAAAUGGUUAAAACUUUUUUUUGGAUUACCAUUUUUACCUUUUCAAGAUAUUCAAAAUGCGUUUGGUGAACUCAUAUCAAUUUGUCCCGAUUUAAAUAUUGGAUGUUUGUUUUCUGACUACAUUUUAAAUACAUACGUGGAGAAUGGUUGUUUAUUUCCACCAGAAAUUUGGGCACAAGAGCCAUCCGAAAAUCCUCAUACGACAAAUGGAUCUGAAAGUUUUCAUCGAACUUACAACGCUCAAUUUCAUAGCUCCCAUCCUUCUGUCCAUGUAGUUAUUUCAAUUCUAAAAGAAACGCAAGUGGAAACAUGUACGAAAAUUCAAUCAGUAUUUAAAGGUGGGAUUAAAAAAAUGGAAAAUGCUGAUUUAAUUGGUGUAAAAGAAGUCAUGAAAGAAUAUAACAAGCUUAGGCUUACUUGUUACUUGUGGUAA